AUGCAGCCCGCAGUGUCCAUCGCUCUGAUCCUGGCUCUGACAGUCCUGGCAGACUCUGCUCUGGCUCAACAGACAGAGCCAACCCUGUCCGAAAAGUUUGAGAAGUUCCAGAACAGGCUACAGGCCUCUACUGACAGCAUUGCAGAUAAAACCAAAGCUGCCUUCCAAGAACUACAUCACAGCGAGUUCAGCGAAAAGACCUGGAACUGGUUCUCUGAGCAAUUCCAGAAGAUAAAGGAGAAGUUCAAUGAGAAGUUUUCCAGGGACAAAUCUGACUGAGAGGAGAUUUUUUCUGCAGAUCUCACAGGCAAUUCCUGGGGUACUGGUCCCCUUGAAGAGAUGAUGCUGGGAGGGGAACCCAGGGUUGGCACCCAAGUUCCCGUUUUUUAUUGCU